AUGUUGAUCUUCUUGGUUUUUAACUUUAUUACCUUCUGUUAUACUCUCCCAGUCAAAGAUGAGGCUACCAUCCCUGUGGCUUUGAAGCAGAGUACGUUAUUAUAUAAUUAGCCGUAGCUUAAGUUCUAGUAUUCUUAUCUUUAGCCAUUUUUAUUUAGAACCGUACUACACAAUAAAAGUUGGCGUAGGAACUCCUCCGCAAUACUUGAAUCUAGUGUUGGAUACCAGUUCAGCUCAUUUCUUAAUACUUGAUGGGAUUCUAAGUACGCAGGUUGGUAAGGAUGUCAAUACUUUUAAACCAUUGUAAGUCUUUUUUAUGUGGCGUGGGUUUUUAUAGCUUUAGCUUUAACUGUAGCUUCGGCUUUAACUCUAGUUCUAGCUCUAACUCUAGCUCUAGAUCUAGGUCUAGCUUUUGUAUUAGGUUUAGGUCUAGCUCUACAUCUGGUUCUAGGUUUAGAUCUAGCUGUAUUUUUAACCUUAUAGCCGAACUUUUCAAUAUAAAAAACAAUUUUAAUGGCAAAACUAUCAUCAUCUAACAUGAAUUGAUCUAAAAACUAAAUUUUUAGGCAAUCCUCAACCUUCCAUCUAGACCACGAUUUAUCCUCUUUCUUCCUUGACACCUACCGCAACCUAUACCUAACAGCAGUACGUGCUACAGAAACAGUGACAAUCAACGGCUUUAAAGUCAAAAAUCAAAAGAUAGAGCUAGUCAAAAGCCUAAAAGUCAUUGAUAACUCUACCUUCCCCAAGAUCGAUGGUGUUCUAGGUAUUGGCUUCAAGCUAAGUGAAAGUCCUUACAAAUAUUUUGACUUUACUUCGCCAUUCCAUGACUAUGUCAAAUCAGUAGAUUCUGUUUUUACUGUCUAUAACAGGCCUGAUGUCAAGGAUAAUACUAAGUCGGCUGGAGUUAUUACAUUGGGCAGGGACACUGAAAAUUGUGGCGAAAAAUGGGUUCGCCCGAGAAUUUCAUGGCUACCUCAACAGGCUUGGGUCUUUACUGUUAAUGGGUAAGUCACAUUUUGAAAUGGCAGUUUUAUGCUUGUUUAGGUUGAACAAUCAAUUUUAAUUUUAAAAAAUAAAAAAUUUUUUUUGAAUAUUAAUUUUUUUUAAAUUUUGAAAUUUGAACUUUUUUACAUUUCCAGAUACAUGGUAGGCAACGUCGGCUACCGUCUAGACCCAAAAACUGGUGUAACCUUAGACUCAGGCCUAGAAGCUAGUAUAAUACCAAAAGAAGCAGUUGAGAACAUGGCCAAACACUGGAAUUUAAAAAAAGAAGGAGACAACUAUUACAUAGAAUGUGACAAAGUCAAUGAUCUAGCCUACUUCACAUUGAUUGUCAGCUACCCGAAUGAAUUAAUUGAAAUUUUGCCGAAACGAAUGUUUAAAAAAGUAAGUUUCGAAGCCUUAUCUCAAGUCCCUAGCUCAUAUUAGAGCCCUAGUUUAGAGCCCUAGCUCAAAGACCUAUCUAGAGCCCUAGCUCAGAGACCUAUCUCGAGCCUUAGUUCAGAGCCCAGAGCCCAGAGUCCUAGCUCAGAACCCUAGCACAGAGUCCUGGCCCAGAGCCCUAGCCCAGAGUCCUAGCCCAGAGCCCCAGCCUAGAGCUCUAGCCCAGAGCCCUAGCCCAUACCCCUAUUCUAGAGCCCUAGCCCAGAGCCCUAGCCCAAAGCCCUAA